CAAACUAUUAUGAUUCUCUAAAAUUCAAAGAGAAAAAAAUCAUAACUUUUCAUAUAUUUAUAUUUAUAUAUAGUCAUCAAUUCAGUAUUUUUUGAAAUUCGGUGACUAGUUGAAAUAAAGGACAAGAUACUUGUGUUGUAUAAAGCCGUGGCGGUAUUAUAUACUUGUGUUACAAAACAAUUAUUGCUAGAAAUGGAAUCAUCAAAUGAAAACAUUGUAAUAGUAGGAGGUGGAAUCGCAGGCCUCUCUCUUGCAUUAGCUCUUCACAGAUUGGGAAUAAGAAGCUUGGUAUUGGAAUCAUCGGAAAGUUUAAGAGUAACAGGUUCAGCAUUUAAUACAUGGACUAAUGGAUGGAGAGCACUAGAUGCUCUUGGGAUUGCUGAUUCGCUUCGAUCGCAGCACUACCAGCUCUUCAGGCACAUUGUAACAUCUACAACAUCAGGAGUUGUAACAGCAAAAGUUUCAUAUGGAGAACAUGAAGUAAGAUGUGUUAAAAGAAGAGUUUUAUUAGAAACACUUGCAAAUGAGUUGCCAAGCAAUACGAUAAGGUUCUCUUCCAAGGUUGUUAGCAUUCAAACAUCAGGCUAUUUAAAGGUGGUUCAUCUUGCUGAUGGUUCCACCUUUAUGGCCAAGGUGUUAAUUGGGUGUGAAGGAGUAAACUCUAUAGUCGCAAGAUGGCUAGGGUUUAAUAAGCCAUCAUUUACCAAGAGAUUUGGCAUCAGGGGUUUUGUUCAAUUUAAGGAAAAUCAUUGCUUAAAUCAAGAAUUUUUGCAGUUCAAUGGACAUGGUUAUCGAUAUGGGAUCGUUCCUUGUGAUGCUACAAACAUAUACUGGUUUUUCAGUUUCUCUCCUUCUAACCAAGAAGAAGAGCUAUUACAAAAUCCCAUGAAGAUAAAGGAAUUUGUGCUAAAGAAUUUGGGACAAGUACAAGACCAUAUAAAGACUAUUUUUGAGGAGACUAAAGUGGAAGACAUUAUAUGCUCUCAUUUAAGGUAUAGACCUCCAUGGGAAUAUCUAUGGGGUAAAAUAAGCAAAGACAAUGUUUGUGUUGCGGGUGAUGCACUACACCCUAUGACUCCAGACACCGGUCAAGGUGCGUGUUCCGCUUUGGAAGACGCCAUAAUUCUUGGAAAAUGCCUCAGUGAAGUAUUUUCACCAAGGAGUUCCAAGAAGCAAGACAAAACAAAAGCAGAGGAGCACAAGAGAAUCGAGACAAGUUUGAAAAAAUAUGCUAAAGAUAGAAAAUGGAGAGCCAUUGAUCUUAUUACUACAGCUUACUUCGUAGGUUUUAUUCAGCAAAGUGAUGGCAAGGUGAUAUCCUUGAUUAGGGACAAAGUUAUGGCUCCAUUCUUGGCCAAAUUGCGGUUAAAGGCUGCUCAAUUUGACUGUGGAUCACUUUGGACUUAGUCAUAUAUAAAAGUGUUAUGUACCCAUUAUAUUUUAUUCGGGGAAAAUUAUCGAUGAUAUAUUAACAUUAGCUUGAUUCACCGAUG